AUGCACCGUUACCGCAGCCACACCUGUGGCGCCUUGCGCAAAUCCGACGCCGGCUCGACCGUCCGGCUUGCGGGCUGGGUUCACCGCGUGCGCGACCAUGGCGGCGUGCUGUUCAUCGAUCUGCGCGACCAUUACGGCAUCACCCAGAUCGUCGCCGACCCCGACAGCCCCUGUUUCGCCAAGGCCGAAACGGUCCGAUCCGAAUGGGUGCUGCGCAUCGACGGCGAGGUCAAGGAACGUGCCGCCGAUCUCGUCAAUGACGACCUGCCGACCGGCGGGAUCGAGCUCUAUGCGCGCGAUCUCGAAGUGCUGUCCAAGGCCGAGGAACUGCCGCUGCCGGUGUUCGGCGAACCGGACUAUCCCGAGGACAUUCGCCUCAAAUACCGUUUUCUCGACCUCAGGCGCGACACGCUGCACGCCAACAUCAUGACGCGCACCAAGGUGAUCGCCUCGAUGCGCCGGCGCAUGGAAGAAGCCGGAUUUGCCGAGUUUUCGACGCCGAUCCUGACCGCCUCGUCGCCCGAGGGCGCCCGCGACUUCCUUGUCCCCUCGCGCAUUCAUCCCGGAGAAUUCUACGCGCUGCCGCAGGCGCCGCAGAUCUACAAGCAGCUGCUGAUGGUCUCGGGCUUCGACCGUUAUUUCCAGAUUGCCCCCUGCUUCCGUGACGAGGACCCGCGCGCGGACCGGCUGCCCGGCGAGUUCUACCAGCUCGACCUGGAGAUGAGCUUUGUCGAGCAGGACGAUGUGUUCGCGGCGAUGGAACCGGUGAUCCGCGGCGUGUUCGAGGAGUUUGCCGACGGCAAGCCCGUGACGCCCGAAUUCCGCCGCAUCCCCCAUGACGAGGCGAUGCUGAAAUACGGCACCGACAAGCCGGACCUGCGCAACCCGAUCACCAUGGAGGAUGUCUCCGAGCACUUCCGCGGCUCGGGUUUCAAGGUGUUCGCCAACAUUCUGGCCAACGAUGCGCGUGGCGCCGUCUGGGCGAUUCCAGCGCCGACCGGCGGUAGCCGCGCCUUCUGCGACCGGAUGAACUCCUGGGCGCAGGGCGAGGGGCAGCCGGGUCUGGGCUACAUCUUCUGGCGCGAGGAAGACAGUCAGGUCGUGGGCGCUGGUCCGAUCGCCAAGAACAUCGGCCCCGAACGCACCGAAGCGAUCAGGCUGCAAUUGGGCCUGAAGGCCGGCGAUGCCUGCUUCUUUGCCGCCGGCGACCCGCGCAAGUUCGCCUCCUUUGCCGGCGAUGCGCGCACCCGCGCGGGCGAGGAACUCGAUCUGAUCGACCGCGACCGGUUCGAGCUGGCCUGGAUCGUCGAUUUCCCGUUCUUUGAAUGGGACGAGGACGAAAAGCGCGUCGAUUUCGGCCACAACCCGUUCACCAUGCCGCGCGGCGGCCUGGGCGCGCUGGAGACCGAAGACCCGCUGUCGAUCAAGGCAUGGCAGUAUGAUCUGGUCUGCAACGGUUUCGAGAUCGCUUCCGGCGGCAUCCGCAACCAUCUGCCCGAGGUGAUGGUCAAGGCGUUCGCCAUUGCCGGUCUCGAUGGGAAAGUGGUCGAGGAGCGCUUCGGCGGCCUUUACCGGGCGUUCCAUUAUGGCGCGCCGCCCCAUGGCGGCAUGGCGGCCGGUGUCGACAGGAUCGUCAUGCUGCUCGUCGGCGCCAGGAACCUGCGCGAGGUGACGCUGUUCCCGAUGAACCAGCAGGCGCAGGACCUGUUGAUGGGAGCGCCCGCCGAAGCCAGCCCGGCGCAGCUGCGCGAACUCAAUCUGCGGAUCAAUCCGCAGGCAAAAGCUCCCGCCGACUCAUAA